GUUUCUCUUAACAACUCCAUGUCGUCAAGUUCGUCCACGUCAACGGCGUCGGCGACCUCCACUGCAGCUGCGGCAACCAGCUCUGUAGCAUCGGGAACGAUUUCUGUUGGCUCUAAUCUCAAGAUCGUCGGAAUAAUACUUGCGAUAGCCAGUGGUUGUCUCAUUGGGUCGAGCUUUGUCUUCAAGAAGAAAGGAUUGCUACGGGCGCAGGCCGGUAAGGUCGCUGGAGAGGGUGUGGGAUAUCUCAAGUCGCCGCUAUGGUGGAUAGGAAUGACGAUGAUGAUAAUGGGGGAACUAUGUAAUUUUGCUGCAUACGCCUUUGUAGAGGCUAUCGUGGUUACUCCCCUGGGCGCAUUAUCCGUCGUCAUUUGUGCUAUUCUCUCUUCAAUAUUCUUGCAAGAAAAACUCACAUUCUUCGGCUGGCUCGGAUGUGGGCUAUGUAUUAUUGGUUCUGUAAUCAUUGCGCUCAAUGGUCCGUCAGAAAACUCUGUCGGCCAAAUCAAAGACUUUGAAAAGCUAUUCCUUGCGCCGGGAUUUCUAUCAUAUGCCUCUGUACUCAUCGCCACAGCACUUGCGAUCAUAUUUUACUUUGCUCCUCGAUAUGGGAAGAAGAGCAUGCUGUGGUAUAUCUUCGUGUGUAGUAUGAUUGGUGGAAUUAGUGUUAGCGUGACGACGGGAUUGGGUGCUGCGAUCGUCACUACUGCAGAGGGCGAUAAUCAGUUCAAAUACUGGUUCAUCUACUUCCUCAUGGGAUUUGUUGCUAUUACCCUCAUAACGGAGGUGUACUAUCUGAAUGUUGCGCUGGCGCUUUUCAACACUGCUAUGGUUACACCCACUUAUUACGUCAUAUUUACCUUUUUCUCUAUAUUAACGACAAUCGUACUCUUCCAAGGACUCUCCGCCUCGGUUUCAUCGAUUAUCACCCUUGUCAUGGGCUUCCUUGUCAUUUGUUUCGGCAUAACCAUCCUUCAAAUGUCCAAAGUUGACCCAGAAAACCUCACUAAACUUGACCGCCGAUCCACUAUUCUCCUCCAAGCUUCUCGUGAACACACUGCUGGCUUCGACGAGAAAGACGUGUUGGCCGUUGAAGAUCCAGGUAUGGAUACUCUUAGAGGGUCGUUUGGCACUGUUGGCAGUAUCAUUCGAGCCCGGAGCGCAAGGAGAAUGAGCCAAAGCCGUGGAGGAAGUCGACCAGGCUCGUAUAGCACCAGACCGGCUGGUGCAAUGGCACCGUAUGAUCCUCCUCGUGGUCAGGCAUGGCUUUCUCCUAGAAACAGCACAAACACAGAAUAUCUUGGUGGUCUUAAGCGGCAUCAACUGUAUGAUGCCCCGGUACCUCCAGGUUCACCUUCACUCACGGGCGCCACACGCGGAGAUGACGCUUCAUCAAUCAGCAGCGCAGGUAGAGAUUCGCAGAUGAUGAACAAACGCCCAACGAUCAAAUUUGAUACUCAGGAUGUCGUGCAUCAAUAUCAUCCGACUGGACAAACGCCGGGAGGUACAAGGGGUGAUCCUACAGCUAUUCACGGUCAUCGAGCGACGGCAACGUCUCCUGGGAUUCCUGGAUUGCCGGGACACCACAAUGACAUGAAUCCGCUUUCUAUACCUCCUUCACCUAGUGCAGCCUCUGGAUCGAGAGAUCUUCUAUCUGAGAGCCCGACAGACACUGAAGGCCCCUCAGCGUCUACGCUUUCACAAAUUAUUUCUCUACCUCCUCUCCCCCCACGAUCGCCUGGACACGAGACUAUACCUUAUAGCGCUCCGCCGACGUCCAUCCUGCCCCACCUCCGGCAAGGCAGAAAGGAUUCGAGAGAUUUAUUUAAUGAUACGCCAAGCACCACAACGUUAUUGUCCUUUCCGAGCGUGACAGAUUCGGCGAGAAGCUGGGAUGGGGACGAAGAGUCAAGUCAUUCGAGUACGACGAGAGGAAGGACAGCGAGGAAGUAUCCCAAAGGAGAUAAAGAGACGGAUCGGGAGGAGAGCGUCAGUUUGUGGCAGAGGGAUGGGGAUAGUGUAGACGGGGAUGGGGACGAGACUGAUAUGGCACCGCAUGGGGGUAUACGACUGGUUACCUCUAAGGGGGGGAGUAGUAAAUUCUGAGUUGGUGCGUUCUUUCGAAGCCCUGACGGAAUGGUACAUAAUGAACGAUGAGGACUGAAGAGUAUGUAUGAGUGUAAAUAUGUAUGUGACGACUGUUGAUUUACGCUGGGACUUUAUUUGAUUCAUUACUCGAUGACUUUUUUCCGUUUUUACUCACCCAUCGCCUACAGAUAUGUACUGCUAAUAUAAUGCAGAUUAUAUCCACUUACUACUCCAACACAGAAUCUAUGGAUGUCCCUCGAUGACCAUGUGGUUCACUAGAAAACGAUUGAAAAGUAACGAUCAAGAGUCAAUCGCGGUCACCGCGGUCAGAAGUGGAACCGGCCAAAAGUAGAACCGGCCGGCGGGUGCCGAGAAAAUUC